AUGGCCUCCGACAGCGAGCACGACAUAGAAAAGGAGCUCCAGCUCGCUGUGACCGCUGUCGACCAGGAACAUGAAUUAGUCAAGCCCGCGCAAGGCUUCUUCGCCAAAAUCCGCUAUUAUGAAGAUCUCUUGGACCGCAAACUGGGGAUUGAGUCCCACAGUCUCGAUCGCGUGCAUCCCGAGAAUCGCAACUCGCCUAGUCCUCUGGUGAUGGCGUUGAUGUGGGCUUCGGCGACAAUGAAUAUCAGUUGUUUCAGUACGGGGUUCUUGGGCCGGCAAUUUGGCUUGUCACUUGGGGAGACGAUCCCGAUUGUGAUUUUCGCGACGCUGUUGGGUGCUAUGGUGACGGGCUGGUGCGCUACUAUGGGCCCUGGAACGGGUCUGCGCCAAGUUGCCAUCUCGCGCUACUCGCUGGGUUACUACCCUUCGUCCAUCAUUGCCUUGCUCAAUGUAAUUGAGCAGCUGGGCUGGGCUUCUGUCAACUGCAUCACGGGCGGAUUGGCACUCAACGCCGUGUCUGAUGGUCAUGUCUCCGUCGCCGUGGGAGUCGUCAUCAUCGCCUGCGUUAGUCUCCUAUUCAGCUUCGUCGGACUGCGCGGUGUACUACUCUAUGAGAAAUACGCGUGGAUCAUGUUUUUCAUCAUUUUCAUGAUCAUCUAUGGCGAAGCCGCUCAUCGCGCCAACCUCUCCGAAGCCCCGACGGUGACUGGAAUGACUAAAUCAGGCAACGUGCUCAGUCUUAUCGGUGUCAUCUAUGGAUCUAGCGCCUCGUGGAGCUCCAUCGUAUCCGAUUUCUACGUCCAUUACCCCGUCAACACGUCCAAGGUUAAGAUCUUUACAUACACGACUCUCGGUAUCACAAUCCCCACUUGUAUCGGCAUGCUGCUCGGUGCCUGCAUCAGUUCGGCAUUGGACACGAACCCCGAGUGGGCGGAAGCGUACGACACGGGCAUUGGCGAGAUCUUGAAAACGAUCAUCUACCCCACCGGGUUUGCCAAAUUUUUGCUUGUGCUGCUCGUCUUAUCUGGCAUUGGUGUGAACUGUAUUGCGAUUUACUCCGGUGCACUGUCGGCCCAGCUGUUCGCGGCCCCAUUCGCCAAGGUCCCGCGCGUGCUUUGGUCAUUCCUUGUCUUCGGCGGUAUUCUGGCUCUUGGAAUCGCAGGUCGUAAUUCCUUGCUCGAUGUCUUGGAGAAUUUCCUCUCUCUGCUCGGGUACUGGAACACUUCAUUCUUUGUGAUCCUCUUCAUUGAGCAUUAUUAUUUCCGAAAGGGAAAUCUCGCGAACUAUGAUUUGGACGCCUGGAAUACCCCUUCCAAGAUGCCUGUUGGUUAUGCCGGACUAACGGCCUUCCUGUGCGGUGCCGCAGGCUGGAUUGUGGGUAUGGUGGAGACAUACUAUGUUGGCGCACUCGCAGCAAAAAUCGGAACAGAUGGCGGUGACAUUGCCAAUGAGCUGGCCCUCGUGUUCACCAGCAUUUCCUACCUGCCACUGAGGACCCUUGAGUUGCGCUAUGUGGGACGGUAA